AUGGGGCCAAAGGGUAAGGCUACGCCAUCACAAGCGGCAGCGUCCAAAUCCUCGACAGCAGGCCAGAUGGCGAGCACUUCGACAGAGCCACACAAGGCGCCAGAUGCGAUACCUCUGCCUGCAUCUCAGCAAGCCCAGAACCCUCAAUCAGGCGGCUCUAUGCCUCACAGUCCGGCAUCUGCCGUCAUGAGCAACGCGGAAAGCACGAGCGUAGGCAGCGUCUUUACAGACGACGAGGAGAAGAUGAGCGACUAUGAGAAAGGUGGAUAUCAUCCGGUGUACAUAGGCGAGACAUUCAGUAACGGGCGAUACGUCGUCGUGCGCAAGCUUGGUUUCGGCCACUUCAGUACUGUCUGGCUCGCAAGGGACAACAAAGAGAACAAACAUGUUGCACUGAAAGUCGUCAAAUCGGCUUCACACUACCGCGAGACUGCAAUAGAUGAGAUCAAGCUGCUCCAGAAGGUUGUCUCUUCUGAUCCACGCCACCCGGGAAGGCGGCACGUCGUCAGUUUAUUGGAUCACUUCAAUCAUGAAGGGCCGAACGGCUCGCAUGUGUGCAUGGUCUUUGAAGUCUUGGGCGAGAAUUUGCUCGGCCUAAUAAAGCGGUAUCAGAACCGAGGCGUACCAGAGCAUAUCGUCAAGCAAAUCAGUAGACAGGUCCUGCUCGGGCUGGACUAUAUGCACCGGUCCUGUGGCAUCAUACAUACCGACCUCAAGCCGGAGAACGUGCUCAUAUGUAUCGAAGAUGUCGAAGCGGUCGUGCGUGCAGAACUCGAGACCAGUCCUGCAGCAGUACCGACGAAGCUCGUCGGUGUUCCUCCCUCGCAAGGACGAGGCGGUGCCCAGACGCCGAGAGGAGAAGGCAUCUUCAUCAUCGGUUCACAGCCGCUACCUUCGCCAAGCUCGAGCUUCGGAACAAGUCCAGGAAUGGACAAGCUUGGAUUCGCCAUGUCCAAGAUAUCAGAUGACGGCUCUGCAAGCGGCGCGAGCGGACCUGCUUCGCGGAUGAGCUCAAGCUCUGCGCACGAUCAUUCGGGCGCAGACGGGCUAGGCAAGGGACUCGAUAAAGUUCAGCUAGACGGUGGUAGCGAUUGGCAAAAGACGGAACCUGCACAUCACUCUCGCGCGGGCCCGUCUUUGCUAUCUCAGAUGGCGCCAGGGCAGUCCCAGUCACCAGCGACACCAGGCAGUCCAGCUUCGCCGGGAGAUGAUAAGAUGUCCAUCUCUGGCACGUCUGCUGUCUCACAUCCCUCGCCGCCAAGUGCUCUUCCCGACACGCCAAAUAGGCCCGCGCCUGCAGCCGGUGAUCCCUCGACGUUACCGCCUAACGCGCCGUACGAUCCUUCAACGCUCGAACGGAUCACUGUCAAGAUUGCAGACUUGGGCAAUGCGUCCUGGACAGACUAUCACUUCACCUCCGAUAUUCAGACGAGACAAUAUCGAAGUCCGGAAGCGAUCUUGGGCGCGCCUUGGGGCACUACAGUGGAUAUGUGGAGCGCUGCUUGUAUGAUCUUUGAGCUCUUGACGGGCGAUUAUCUCUUCGAUCCUGCUGCUGGCUCGCGCUACAACAAAGACGAUGAUCACAUGGCGCAGAUGAUCGAGCUCUUGGGGCCAAUGCCGAGGCAUAUCGCGCUCGCAGGCAAGUUUAGUACAGAGAUCUUUAACCGCAAAGGUGAACUGAGACAUAUCCACAAGCUCAAAAGGUGGCCAUUGGAAUCAGUCCUGAUGGAAAAGUACCUCAUCAACGAAGACGACGCGGAGCAUCUGCGGUCAUUCCUCGAACCGAUGCUCAACUUCCAUCCCGACAAGCGAGCUCCCGCGGAUGUGAUGAUCAAACAUACUUGGCUAGAGGGAAUCAUGGUAGCAGGCGAGAUGGAAGCAGUUGAACGAGAGCGAAGCGAGAGCGCUCCUGUGGAAGUACCCGAAGUCGUCAUGAACUCAGACCACACGCUCUCUGCCGCGAGUGCUCGACAGAUUGUCGAUCUCCAUCCGGACGCAGCAGACGCGCUUAAACCGCUCAACAAGACGGAAUCGCCCGCGGGCAAGAAGAUCUCGCCAGGAGGAUACCAACGAUCGAGCUCGGCAGACCAGACGCCGACUCGAUCUGCAGAUGCAUCGCAUAUCACUAUACGGCAGUCGCCUGCGGCUGGACAACAAGGAUCUCCGCUGAGGAAGGCUACUCAGCUCGCGACCUGA